GCAGUUGUAUUCAACUUGUAGUGCAUGUAUUUGCGGUGUGUCAUUGUGGAAAUAAUAUAGCGUGUUUUACGAAAGUCUUCUACCGACGAUGGGGCAGUUUUCACCGUCAAACAACAUUGGGUUGAUCCGCUAUCUCGCCCUGGUGGUGCUGUGUUGCGUGGUCGUCACCGAAUGUUCGUUAGUAAGGGUUCAAUUGACUCAUUUUAAGAGUCUCCGCAAACGACUGGGGCAAGCGGGGAAACUUCCGCAGAACUACCGCCCGAAACCUUGGUCAAAGUACGAUAGGGAUUUCAUGAACACCGGUCCUGUACAAGAGCCUCUCCACAACUACUUUGAUGCUGAGUAUUACGGAACUAUCAAGAUUGGCACACCAUCACAAACCUUCUUGGUUAUCUUCGAUACCGGCUCAUCCAACCUUUGGAUCCCGUCAUCCAAAUGUCCAUCUUCUGACAAGGCCUGCCAAUCACACAAGCAGUACGACCACUCGAAGUCAUCGACUUACUAUCCCAACGGCACGGCACUGGAGAUUCACUACGGGACGGGCAGUAUGACAGGCUUCCUCAGUACUGACAUUGUGGAUGUACAAACUGUACAGGUCGUCAACCAGACCUUUGGUGAGGCGACGUCGGAACCAGGCGAUGUCUUCUUGGAUGUAGACUUCGAUGGUAUCCUCGGAAUGGGUUAUCCCACUAUAGCCGUAGAUGGCGCUACACCUGUCUUUAACUCCAUGGUGCAGCAGGGACUCCUGGACAAACCUGUUUUCUCAUUUUAUCUGGACAGGAAUACAAAAGACAGCAAAGGAGGAGAGCUCAUCAUAGGUGGUUCAGAUCCCACAUACUACAGAGGGCGCUUCACAUACGUACCGGUCACAAAGAAAGGAUACUGGCAGUUUGCUGUGGAUGGGGUUUCGGUAAAUGGAAAGUCCAUGUGUGGAGCUGGAUGCCAAGCCAUAGCUGACACUGGUACGUCACUGAUCACGUGUCCUUCGGAUGACUGCACCAAACUCAAUGACUACAUCGGCGCAAAGAUGAACCCACAAACUGGUCAGUUCAUGCUUGAUUGCAACACGAUAUCCAAACUUCCGGACAUAGUGUUUGCCAUCUCACAUGUCAAGAUGCCGCUCACGUGGAAGGACUAUGUUAUUAUGGAGCCAGACUCAUCCGGAGCUAAGACCUGUAUGAGCGCCUUCACUCCCGCUGAUGUUCCACCUCCCUUUGGCCCUCUCUGGAUUCUUGGUGAUGUCUUCCUGGGACGAUAUUACGCCGAAUUUGACGUCGGUAACGACCGUGUAGGCUUCGCCCAAGCAGUGUAGAUGUAUCUCCUAGAAUAAUGUAGGUUGUGAUCAAAGAUUAUGGAACGAUGAAUGUGCAAGAUGGGCUGAGUUGUGAAACGUGCACUGGACGCCAUUUCAGCAAGCAAUAAUUAAAGAUGCUAUGUCAGAUUUUUGGCCGAUUUGACCCCAAAA